UUCUUUUUUUUUUUUUUUUUUUUUUGAUUCGUUUGCCACGCUCACACUCACUUUCCCCCUUUCCACUUCAACUCAAGUAGUGCGAGGAAAAAAAUGGGAGGUCUGCUGAGCCUCGAGGAAGACUCGUCGUCGGAUGAAGACGACUACGUGCUCACUGGCGACAACGAGUCUGCCGUGCUCGUGCAGGACGCGGGACUGCCGCCAGACCCCGAGGAAAUCGACACGGCACGAGCGCGUGCGGUUCGGCGGCGGGAACGGCGACAGGCGGCCCUGCAGCACAUUCUCGAAAAGCAACAGCAACAGCAACAGCAACAGCAGCAACAGGCGAGCCACAAGACUGUCCAUGCAUUGCGCUCACCAAAGCCAGUCAAGCGAGCGCAGAGCGGCGGUUCGAGCUGGUUUGGAUUUGGCGGCGAAGUGAACGCCCAUUCGCCAUCUGCCACCACAGUGACGACGACGACGACGACGACGACGAGCGCGACCUCAGCCAGCUCCAACACUCAGAGCAACAGCAGCAGCAGCAACAGCCACAAUGCUCAUCACAGCACCACAGCGAACGCGGAAUCACCCCAUCCUCAUCAUGACAACGCUGCUGCUGCUGCUGCUGCUUCGACGACUCCGACAGCCGCUGCAGCAGCCGACCUCGCAAUCCUGCACUCGCCGGCAUACCUGAUGGCCAGCUCGCCGCAGCUGCGCCAUGAAGUCAACCUGGGCCAGUUCUCGCUCAUCCGGACGAUUGGCAGGGGCGGCUUUGGCAAGGUCCAGGUCGUCCGCCGCAAGCUCUCCCGCCGUUACUAUGCGCUCAAGUACGUCUCCAAGACCGAGUGCAUCAAGCAGAACAUGGUUGGGAAUGUGCUCUUUGAGCGGGAAUUGCUCGAGCAACUCCGGCACCCGUUCAUUGUCAAUCUGCAGUUCUCCUUCCAGGACGAGUUUUUCAUGUACUUUGGCCUCGAGCUCAUGACGGGCGGCGACAUGCGCUUUCUGCUCGACAACGAGAACGACCCAUUUGUGUUCACCGACAAUGCGCUGCGGUUUUACGCGGCAGAGCUCGUGCUCGCCAUCCAAUACCUGCACGACAUCCACAUUGCCCACCGCGACAUCAAGCCCGGCAAUCUGCUGCUCGACAGCAAAGGGCACAUUCACCUGACAGACUUCAACUUGGCCACGCGUCUCAAGGGCCGCAAGUCCCACACCAUCUGCGGCACCAUCCAGUUCAUGGCACCAGAGAUUUUCGCGGAUGCCGGCCACGACACUGCGGUCGACUGGUGGGCGCUUGGAAUCACGCUGCUCGAGAUGGCCACGGGCAGCACGCACGUUACCGCCAAGGAUUACACUGCGCUCGAGAAGGAGCUGGAGACCUUUUCGAUUGCCAAUCUCGAGAACAAAAUGUCUGACGUGUUGUUUGACUUUUUAUCUGGCCUCCUGCUGAAAACGCCGUCCAAGCGAUCGGCGUUCGCCAGCGCCAUCCGCACCCAUCCCUUCUUUGCCAGCGGGGUGUGCCAAAAGCCCGAACGAUUGUCUGGAAGGCAGCGACUCAUUGAAGCAAUGCUCGAAGGUGAAUCCAUCGACGACUUGGCCAGCUUUGCAGACGAUGACGAUGACGAUGACGACAAUGGCGAUGGCGACGGUGGUGGGCAGGACCGCAAGAGCGGCCGUGAGUCGAGCCCGCCGCGCAGCCGAGCGGAUUCGUCGUCGGCGUCACCACGUCCGCGUCGUGUCAAGUCAAAGUUCACGCCGAUUGACUGGGUGGCCUGCGAAAAGAAACAGCUCACGCCGCCAUUCCAUCCGAACGAGCACAUGGCCAACUUUGACCCCACGCUGGAGUUGGAAGAGCAGCUGCUUUCAGACAACCCGCUAGCCAUGAUCAAGCGCGCACGCAAAGUGUCGCGGCAGCGGCUCACCAAGGCACAGAGCCGCAUCAAGUCGGACUCGGCCGAGUUGAGCGGCGUGACGCUCUGGCGCAACCUGCUGCUCGACCCCAGCGAGCACGCCAUGUUUGAGCGUCUGCCCAAGCCAAUCAUGGGUGAGCAGGCCGAACUGUUCCACAACUUUACCACCUUUGACCUGGAAGAGUACCACGACGCGCAAGUGGAGACGAUGGCUGCUGCCAUGACAAAGCACACGGAGGCUCUUGAGUUCCGCAAAAAGAUGCGCAUCAUGCGCAUUGAGGAUGGCCGCGCCCGUCGAGAAAUUGUGGCUGGCGAACCGGAUCCUGACGCACCUGCAGGGCUGGUGGUGACGUCCGCCCCAACGUCCGCCCCGACAUCCGCUCCAUCCUCCGCGCCGUCUUCGGCACCCAGCUCUGCUCCCGGAUCGCCUGGCGUCAGUCGAAAGCACAAGCACGACAAGUCCAGCUCGUUCAAAAACGCCGUCACCCCGCCUCGGCCUGGCCGCUUGAAGACGCUCGUCCAGAAACUGCGAGGUGUCGACCACCAUGCCUGGCUGUCCAAAGGCAUUUCCGAGAUUCUCGACAACCAGUCUGCCGAGCGUCUCCCCGGCCUUGACGGCUCCCUGGACAGUCUCGAGGCUCGGUCGGCUGAGCGACUGCCAGGCGUCGAGAAGGCCGUCUAGAGCGUGUUUCUCGAAACGCGAGUUUUGAUGCAAAAUUGGUUGUUAUUCUUGUAGCAAGUACAGUAGUUGUGCAUUUUCUUGGGCACAGGUGUGUCUUCUUGGUAAAUUGUUCCCGCCCA